AUGUACAUGUUGCAACCAUGGUUGAAGACUCAAGUGUCCACAAAAGCCCCAAAAGAACAUGUUAAUGUUACAAAUAACAUAUUAGCAGGAGCAAGCGCGUUGGUUGUACUUGUGAUAACCGUUGCUGUUGCAUGUGUGUGCCGGUUUUACAGACGGAGUCUUGGGAGUCAUGUAACAGAAAACGUCGUUCCUGUGAACAACCCCGCAAUAGAAAGGCGCUUAAAACGAAAUGUCCGACCGCCUUUCAACGGAGUGAUGAGUAGGAUUUAUGAUGAGAUUGAUCCUGGGAUAUUUGUUUCCGAGAGUCCGCUAGCAAAUGAGGAUGCGCGUAUGCCCUUGCAAGGAUUAACAAAGGUAGAACGCUAUGAGACGCUAGAUCGCUCGGGGUUGAGAGAUGAAUCUAAAUACAAUACGAUUGUUUCUUGUUGAUAGCAGUAAGCGGAGAAAGUACUUUUAAUUCGUUUGUUGCUGUUUAAAUAUGAAGCAAAUCAGAAACUAUACGAUUUGGGUAAGAAAACUUUUCUUGUACAAGUCCGUACUACAUUUAGUACAUACGAAGUAAAUCAGAAGAUUAAUGUCAUCAAGAAGUAGUGAAGUGUGUAUUUAACUCAGUGAAGUGUUGACAAUUGGUACGGCCACUUGUUAAUGUGUCGACGAUCAGGAAAUGAAAUACAACGGCUGCGAGAUUUAUCAUAUUAUGUUUUUUAACAGGCCUUUUACUUCGUUGUGAUUUGAAAGUAUGUUGUUUUAAAUUCUAUAAUAUGCUGCACCUGUAAAUAUUUACAUUUUUAUCAUCUUUUACACGCAUUACUUAUAUCAUUGUCUUAAAAGUAUUGUAGAUAUCAUUUGUUUGCAUUCUCAUGUUUAUUCUUUAACUUUCUAGUUGCAAAUAUACAUCGUCUAUAUCUCGCCAUUAAACACUUUGUAGAAUUAACCAGUAUGCUUCCAUAAUAGAAGUGUGUGUCAAUGUCAAAUACCCUAAUUCGGAUAAAUCGCCUACUAUAUUUAUUUAGUGAAUUUAGCAUCGUAACAACUCGUGUCAGAACCGGUGCAUCAAAAUAACGGACACGUUUAAUUAACGAGACAAAGUUUAAAAGAGUUUCGCCUUAACAUGAUGCUUUGCAAUAAAAAAUGUGUAUGUCACUGCAUGAUUUCCAAAUUAUCGAAGAAUCUUUAUGUUCUCAUUAUUCCUUUAAAACGUUCGAACAUGUGCAUUUCUCGGCAUUUAUAUUUAUGAAUUUGAGUUAUCCAUGCGUUUUAAUCAACAUGUCUGACGGAUAUAUAUACUCAUAGCAUUAAGCGAUAACAACAUUCUCCAAUAAACAAUGACACAAUGGCAGAAUCUACUUUCAGUGAAAAUAAUUUAACGCUUUAUGACACAAUGCUUAAGUAUCUGUCUCUGGUUUUACAGUACUGUGCAUGGAAACCCACUGAUUUGGUGAUAGGUUGACGCAUUUAUCAAAUCCGGGUCUGAUUAUGGUCACGUAAGCUGCACGCGGUUACUUGCCUUGUCUUUACAAACAUACCCAGCUCUUCAACAACGUUUCAUUAUAUUUGAGCCUCAUUCUGGGAAAACGGGGCUUAAUGAAUGUGCAGAUGAGCCUGUGAAGUCCGUAUAGUCUAAUCAAGGACAUAAUUUGUCGUUUAAUGGUAGUCUCUUCUUAGCCAAAAACCAAUGUGGAAGGAAAGAAACGAUUGCACAGGCUAACUUGGGACGACAGUUUACUCAAUGCAGUAAACCCGAUUUUCCAAUAGCGAGGCUCAUUUGUAUCUGAUGGCAGAAAAAACGAUCGAAUUUCGAGAUUUUGUAUAUUAUUAAAAAAAAGAACAACAAUUAGAGGACUUCUUUUUCCACGUGCAACGAAAACUAGAUCCGCACGAGACUCCACGCUCACGAUAGAUUUAGAAGUGUCAGAAAGUCAUGGCUGAGUGGUUUCAAUCCAACAACCCGUCUUAUUUUAAGUUGAUCUUAACCGUGUUCGAGGAAUCAUAACUAUCAUAUUAAAAGAAAUAGCAUUACAAGCGAUAGAAUUGAGAAUGAGUGUACAAUUGCUUUCUAUGGACUCCGAUGUAUACCCUUAGUCGGUAAUGUUCAUUUUUAAACUCUGAUAAAUGGUGCAUCAGAUCUGAUCUUAUCAGCAUGGAUUUUUGAAUUCUAUAUUUGAUCUAAGUUGUUUCCGGAGAUGCUGUAUAAGGCAAAAGCUAAUGGCAUUCAAGCGUGAUACGCUUUAACUCCUUGAAAAGCCUUAUGUCUGGUACUUAACCAUGGCGAAAAUGUAUACAAUGUAUACACACUGCGAUAUAUUGAACACAUCUCUCAUAGUUAAACAUUAUCACAUGCAUACCAUGCAGACGCUUUAAUUUGCAACGGUGUAUUAAAGAUAUGUGCAAUAUUUCAUAAAUCGUUAAAUUAUUUGUUAUUAAACGUCAAGCGGCCUUUUGUCCGGCUUUGUCCGCUAUAAACAUAUCAGUACCGUUUUGGACGCACUCACUUCAGCAUCGUAGAAAACUUGUUUAAGACGUGCUUACAUUUUACAAAUACGAUUGAAUGAAAAGGAAGAAA